UAUAGAUUCAUGUGAGCAUUGCUAUUUAUAUCUUCUGCAACUUGCGUUGUCAGGUGGACUCAUUAAUCAAUUAAUUUUUCAAGCCAGAAAUAUCAACAUGAUCUCACUGGAAGCACAUUCAUCAAAGGCUGCCAUCCUACAGAAGGAGCCAAAGUGGAUCGUAUGACGGCGUAUGUUAUGUUCGCUUGAUCACUUGUUAAGCAAUGGCGGACACCUACUGACCAGUAGAACCCGAUCCACACAUUAUACCUUGCUGACCGUGGGGGUUGAUGUUGGGAUACGAAUGCACAAAUUAACGCUGCUCAAAAACAUUACAUUUCCAAGGUAAACUCAUUUCCUUUUGAUACCCAACACAAACUCAAUGCUGUGUGUUAGUGUGUGUGACUGGGAUUGUGUCCCACAAGGGCAGCGGAGACAGACAUAAAUGGACAGGGACACUCGGGGAGGGUUGCAGCAUGGUGGUCGCGGGCUCCCUCACAAACAAAGCCAUUGUUGGCAUGACACUUUAAGUGAUUAUGUGGAGUUUGCCAGCACACAGUGCUGCUGGUGCCGUUCCAAUUAAUUACAAUCGCUCCCCCCUUGUCCCUCUGUCGUCUAUUUUAAUGGCGGGAAUUGCCACUCCCACAGGCCUGCCUUAUAUGUAUGCAAGCAGGCCUGAAGGGACAGCGGAUGGAGACUUAAACUGGCGGUUGAAGCAGCUUCCUAAAGAGGCUACGCUUACAGAGCUAGCUUGGCGUAAGGGAAGUCAGGAUUUUUUUUCUUUUUCAAUAUUUUCAUGAUUUUCCACUACAAUCCAACUAAAUUGUUUUAGUAAUACAUUUUUCAAUUGUUAAUUAGCUUUAUUAAUGUUUUUGUGUUUGAUAUCUUUAAAACGGAAUUUUUAAAACUGUCAGUCCAUCGUUUGAUUUGGAAGGGCUUUCUUAGUUGAACACAGCAAUUGAAAGCCACUUCGGCCAGGCUUCGGCCAGGCUGUCGUGGUGGAUGAGGAGCGCCGCUGAACGUAUAACUAGAUGGGAAACUGAGGGAUAUCAUGUGCAAGGUGCCAUGCAAGCUGACAAUUGUUCCCAGAGUCAGACCAGCAACACCUGUCCCACGCCAACGGAGAUUAGGUGGUCUGAACCGGCGAGGGUGAACAGUAACGGAGGAGUGCAACUCCCAGAUACCAGAGAGAGUAUGUUCCUCUGGGCAGGAAGUAAGGGCCCUCAAGGAGGAAGUGAGAGGAGACCUAACUACCGUAAGAGCCGCGAUUACGACGUGCUGGACAAGAGGAAAACGGUCACGGCUCUGAGGGCCGGGGAGGACCGAGCCAUCCUGUUGGGUCUGGGCAUGGUGCUGGUCUCCUUCAUGAUGUACUUUGUCCUGGCCAUCACCGUACUGCGCUCCUACUCUGACAGCGUGUGGACAGAGGAAUCGAGAUGCGUCAUCGUGAACGCCACCAUCGUGUGGGACGUAAACUGCUCGUUCAGCUGCGGAGCCGAGUGCUGGAAGAGCUCCCGUUACCCCUGCCUCCAGGUCUACGUCAGCCUCAACUCCUCGGGGAAGGUGGUGCGCCUGUCCCACAACGAGGAGAGCCAGGACAGGAACCCUGAGUGCUUCUAUGUGCCAAAGUGCCAGAAGGACUACGCCGCGACGCACGCCACGGUCCUGAACAUAUCCGAGCGCCUCCGCUCCCAGCGCACCGUGCUCUGCUUCGUGGACCCAGACGACCGGGCGGACAACGCCAUCCUGACCCAGAUCUACGGCCAGGUGGCGGUGUUCCACUCCCUCUUCUGGCCCACCUGCACCUUCAUCGUGGGCAGCAUCAUCAUCGCCAUGGUCAAGCUCAACCAACACCUGUCCGUCAUGUGCGAGCAGCUGAGCCGAAUUAAAAGAUGAGGAUUGAAUGCACCCUCCCGGGCGCCACAAGAACAAUUGGGGGCUGGGGGGGAAGCAAAGCCAUGGCAGUGGCUCUGUCGAGAGGAGAAGUUCAAAGGCGAGGGCGUGGCCCAUGCAUUGUACCUGGUUGAUGUACUGCACCUUGCACACCAGGGAGCUACCAAAGUCGUAUCUCAAGGGCAGUCUUAAAACACCAUCACUACGCAACUUCAAAUGCAUUGGACACUGGACAUGAAUUUCAUGGAAUGCAGCGCUCCAAAGAUUUGUUUGAUUUGCAGUGGAUGGACCUGAUAUGCGAUGUCUGUUGUUAACAGUCAUUUGACUGAGUGACAUUUGGGCCAAAGGCAAAAUUUACAGGAACUUUCACUAGCCGACGAGGAUAUGAAAAGACCUAAGGCAAGAAAAGAAAACUCCCAUAAAAUCAUGUAUGAACAGAUCAGCAACGUUAGCCAGAGAUUGGACACUAAGAACAUGGAAUAUGGAGAGCUUUUCUGAUUGGUAGCUACAAAAACAGCCCUGAUGGUUUUUAGGGUGGUUGAUUGAGACAUUUUGACCGCCUAAUUCAGAGUCAUACAUUCUGACUGAAGACAUACUGCUCCUUUAAAACGGUGUCGCUGAUAAAAUGUCAUAAAGCUGUAAUAUUGAAAAUAAUAUGACAGUGACACACAGUGUCAGUCCAUUUAUGAACUGACACUGUGAACAUACAAUGACCUAUCAGAAAAAUAUAAUGUUCUUGUCCUCAGAAUCUCAUCAUCAUCUCAUCAUCAUCUUCCUCAUCAUCAUCGUUGCCAUCACGUUCUGUCACAUAAUUGUUUUAGAAGCAGUGAAUAUGUGAGGUACCAAUAUCUCAAUCAGUACAGUUGCCAACAAGGGAAAACUCCAUUGCCACAUUAAGAUUACAAUAGAGAAAAAUUAACCUAAUUAAGGCUAUCAGAUAGACAAUAAUGAUGAAAUGUCUGCCAUUUUGCAGAGGAUUUUAUCCAAAGUAUCUUACAAAACCAAAAGACAUUCUUUGCAUGGAUGGGCAAGGAGGGAAUAGAUACAGACAAAUAGAUAGACAUUUUUGUCUAUCUAGACAAAAAUUUGAUAGGAUUUUUUGGACGGUUAAAUAAAACAGCUUAUCUAGUAAGGAGUCAAUUUCAACAGGCAGCUGUAAAAUGUUCUUUAACUUUAAGUCUCACAUGACCAAGAACUAAAGUUUUGUAUCCCCUCUUCUUUGAAUAAUCAGUGUUUUAAGGGCCAAAUAUCUGAUCAAAAAUAAUAAAGAAAGUUAGUUGAAGAUGGAGUUAAGGCAAUUGAUGUGAGGUUCCAAACACCUACCCUCCACUCAGUAGGGUGUACAAAAAGGAGCCAUUGCAUUUUGUUUCCUUUAGGUUUUUCUCUGGCAGCUGCUCCCCCUCAGAGCGUGACCAUUUGCCAGGCAGGGGAUGUGCACUCCAUUUGGGUAAUAAUGUAAACAGAAAAAAAGUAAUAUAAUUAUAAUUGUGAAUAUAGUUGAAUAUUAGUUGGCCUGGAAGGAUUUAGAUUAUCUUCUUUCUUUUCUGAAGACUCUGAAUUUUACCCCGGAAAUCUUUGGACAUGUUCAGGCUCCAAAUCCCAUGUCCUCAAUCUUAUUCUGUUGGAUUUUAUUCACCCACUCCCAACCGAAAGAAACUCACUCACUCACACUCACACACACACUCACACACACACUGUGGCAACCCGCUACCCCAAUGAGCCGGGUUCCAGUUAAGAAACACAAGUUUCAGUGAGGGUUAAAGCCUCAUUCGUCAUUUAUUGCAUAUAUCUGAGACAAUCCAUGAUACUCGCGGUCUCUAGGGCCUCCGUGGGCCUCUAGCCGCUCGCAGACCAGAGCGCUUCCUGCUUCCUUGCUCCCGUUCCUCCAGAGCGCUUCCUCCUUCCUCGCUCCCGUUCCUGGUCUGCCCCUAAUGUCAGUCCUCGUGCUCCUCUUAAAAUGGCUCCUCGGCUUUCGGCCAGGUGUCCCCCAAUCUCGCUGAUUGGGGAGAGAGUGAUGCUCUUCGUCGCCACUCAGUGGGUGGCGGUGGUAUACACUGUCAAUCACCCCACCUUGGACCCGCCCGGACCGAGGUUUAAGUGGCGGGAUGCCACAACACACACUCACAUAUACACACACACACACACACACACACACACACACACACACACACACACACACACACACACACACACACACACACACACACACACACACACACACACACACACACACACACAGUGCAGGGAGAGAUAAUGAGUCCAUGGAGGACAUUCAGGCUUUACUGCUGCU